UCGGCGUUUCGUCCAGCCGCCAUUUUGUAUCGACACUCACUCCGAGUUGUUUGGCGUUCGACGGAAGAAGCUUUCUGCCUUUCAUUCCGUAUAUUCACUGACUCGCUCAACUGUGCUCCGACAUUGCUGUUUGUGUCGCCGUUCGAGGGCUGUGUCUCCGGUGUGCCGCUAACGGGGUUAGCACAAAGGGCCGUGCUAGCAUUGAGCUAGGCUGUAGGGCAGAGGGCGAAAUGGCGGCCAACACGGCUCAAGCAACCCCGACUAAUAACUGGUCUUACGGGAAUGCUGCAGAAAGCCACGUCCAUGAAAACCCCGAGUGGGAGAAAGCGAGGCUAGCCCUUGCUUCAAUCAGCAAGAGUCAGGCCAAGAAUAGCCAAGCCAACCGGGCUGCUGCGGAGGUAAGUUUACAUUUGCAAAGCCUCUGUUGGACUUUGGAUCAUAAUACAGGCACUAAACAGUUUCAGGGGGGAGUGACUGAUGCUGCCAUUCAACAGCAGCAAUAUUAUCAAUGGUACCAGCAAAACCAACCCCAGUAUCCAGGAUACGCAUACCCUUAUAACUACUACAACCCCAUGGGUCCUUAUGCUGUUGCAUAUCCACCAAAUCAGUAUGCUGCACCCCCAGGGACGUAUCCAGUCGCACCAACUUCAAACGGACAGCCACCUCCUGUGCCUGGAAUGGAAGACCAGCCCCCCAGCUACCCCUCUCAACCACAACCCCCCGCCACUCCCCAGCCCCCCCAAAGCCCAACCACCUCAGAAAAGCCCAAUGCAGCCCCACCACCCCCACCCUUGCCCCCCCAGUACCCUCCUCCUCCACCGCACAGUGUUUACAAUUCCAACAGUUCCGGAUCAUAUCCAUCUGGGGACCCCAGCCAAGUGUACAACUCCUGUUCGCCGGGAAGGACUAACUAUGGGACAGGCUUUCAAACUCAGAGCAACUUUCAGCCUCCACAGAGUCCAUCCCAACAGCAGGCCGGGAAGUAUGGAGCAGGUAUGGGCCGAGGAGAAGCCAAUAAACCCAAAAACCCAGGGCAGCAGCUGUGGCACCGCAUGAAACAGUCACCUGGCACUGCCUCUUUGAAGUUCAAUAUCCCCAAGAGGCCUCACCAGGUUUCUAGCCAGGCAUUCCCUGCUAGUGAGCAGCCUUCAGGACUAAAUCCAGCCCCAUCUUCUCCUGUGAGUGCCAGUGCUGCACCUCAGACCCGACCUCAGGAUUGGCCCCCGGCCAUGAAGGAGUAUGUGCAGCGCUGCUUCACAGCUUGCGAGACGGAGGACGACAAAGAUCGCACGGAGAAGGUCCUCAAGGAGGUUCUGCAGGACCGCUUAAAGGAUGGCUCUGCUUACACCAUCGACUGGGACCGGGAGCCCUUGCCAGAUUUGAAGGGCAAGCCGUCUCGCUGGCUGUCAGUCAGAGGUGCAGACCACUCAGCCAGUCGAGGUGCAAGUACAGCUGCUGCGUCGCGAGGCAGAGGUCACAGAUUAGGACAUUACAGGAAUAUCUUUUCUCAAAGGAGUCCAUCUACCAGUUCAUCCCACUCCUCCUCGCGCUCCCCCUCCCCCAACCACGGCAGAAACCGUGACCGCAGCAACCAAAGGCACCGGCGCAGCGAUUCUGGCUCCCACUCAGACAGCAGCCUUUCCAGUGACCUUCGACCUCAGCUGUCGAGACGUAACCAGAAAGGCGGUCGUGGGCGUGGCGGCGACCGGGACCGAGGACAUGGAGAGCGGGGACGAGGAAGGGGAAAAGCCAGCCGGGGAAGGAGAAACACGGAUGACUCUGGUGCAGGCGCUGGUAAGAAGAGAAAAGGUGGUAACGCUGGUCUUGACUUCCAUGACCCCGACAGGGAAGCCAAAAAGCUGAGCAGAGCAGCACGUUUCCAGAAGCAGCUUCGCACUGAGCCUCUGGUGCUGUCUAUAAAUUCCUUUGACCUGCCCGACGGGACACAGGAGAGCCUUAGCUGGGAGGACUGCCCCAUUGUCGGAACGUGUCAGGACAUCACCAAGCGGUACCUGAGGCUCACCUGUGCCCCCGACCCCUCCACCGUUCGCCCCAUUCAUGUGUUGAGGAAAUCUUUACAGGCUGUGAAAGCUGACUGGAAAACCAAACAGGACUACACUUACGCGUGUGAACAGAUGAAGUCCAUACGGCAGGACCUCACGGUCCAAGGAGUUCGUACCGACUUCACUGUGGACGUGUACGAGUGUCACGCACGUAUUGCCCUGGAAAAGGGCGACCACGAGGAGUUCAACCAGUGCCAGACGCAGCUGAAGGCGCUCUACAAGGACAACCCCUCCGAGAACAUUGGAGAGUUCACGGCGUACCGCCUGUUGUACUACAUCUUCACCAGAAACUCAGGAGAUCUCAUCACCGAGCUGGUCUACUUGACCCCAGCACUGAAGGCGGACGUGUGCGUCGCUCACGCGCUCGCUCUCCGCGCCGCCUGGGCUUUAGGGAAUUAUUGUCGCUUCUUCAAGUUGUACCAGGAGGCUCCCCGCAUGGCGUCAUACCUCAUUGACAAGUUUGUCGAGCGGGAGCGCAAGGUGGCACUCCGGGCAAUGGUCAAAACGUUCAGGCCAGACUUGGCGGUGCAGUAUGUGCAGUCCACUCUGGGCUUCUCUUCUUUAGACUCCUGUACCGAGUUCCUUACUGAGCUCGGCGUGGCGUUCACCCCCUCGGACCCUCUAAAGAUAGACUGCAAAAACAGCGCAGCCACUCUGGCUGCCUCCUGAGAGGGCGGGGCUAACACUUAGACGCACACACAGCUAGAGAACAUGCUUGAGUUAGUGCCACACACACACACACACGCACACACACACACAGUCUAAGCUCCUCCCACCGCAGCCACACUCGCACUGUCGGAUACACCGCUAACAGUCUUCUGUUAUCUUUUCUUCCUCCAAGUCAACAGCCCUUCAAGACCAAGUCCCAAGUCAGGCACGGUCAGCUCAAAGAGACUGUGAGAAACCAAGACCAGUGGUUUGUAUGUCCUGCCUGCCUGCCUGCCUGCCUGCCUGCCCCGGGUCCUCGGGAGUCCGCGCCCACCCUCAAGACGCCAGUGAAAGCUUUGGACUAGAGUGCACUUUGGAGCCGGCGACAUCACGGCACACCUUUGGCCGGAGGAGGAGUCAAGCGCCUGUGGUGGAUGGCCCCGCCCACGAGCGGUUUGUAUGCUAGAGGAGGACUCUGGAAGGAGCUGCAGGACCACAGAACAUGGCGCCUCCUCAGGCCGGACAGCAAGACCCGCCUGGCCUUUCAGGAAGACUUUGAAGGAUCUCCCGACCAAGGAUUAGUCCAAAGUAUUCUUUUGCAGUAUUCAAGUGUCAUGUCAGGCCGUUUGACCAAGGUGUACAUGUGUUGAUGUUUCCCACACAUGGUAAGUGUGUAUCUGCUGAGUCAGCAGGCCUCCGCCAACUCAAAUGUGGCCAUUGAAUGAAGGAAGAAUGUCCUUGUGCUUUGUGACCAUGAUGAUCUCAACAUGUUUCUCUUUCCUCCCCUUGUUUCACCUCGUCCCCUGUCCUCGUUCCUCCCCCCCCCCAAACCCCGGACCCCUCAGCCGGCCACGCUGCAGGAGCGCUCGCGAGGAGGGGGUCCGUUUGGAGCAAGUCUCAAGCGAGCCGACGUGAGCCUCGCGCUGUCACGAGUCUUCUCCCUCCACGCUGCUGACGUCGCUCAAUAAGACGCAGAAAUGAAAGCACACUUUUUGUUUGCCUCUGAAAAGCUCCAAUCAUGUUUUCCCUGUUUUUGCUCCCAUGUUCUAUGACCUCAUCAUCCCUUCCUUGGUACCUUUCUAAGCCCCUCCCAUCUUUCUCUUGUCUCUCUCCUCACGCAUGCGGUCCUCCCCUCUCCCAUCCAUUUUUAUGUUGGCACAUAGUAAGUAUGGAUGUUGCCGUUCACUAACAUCUGACUCCCUUCCUCCUCCACGUCUGCAGAUUGAGCACCAGCAUUUGUGUAAAUAUUGUGUACAUAACUUGUCAUUUUGAAGAAUCUAAUAAAAACAUUUCCAAAA